UUGAGGCGUCACUGGACAUUCACGACAGAUACGCACGUCCCAACAAGACAACAAGAGGAGCAUGUGUGUGUGUUUGUGUGUGUGUGUGUGUCAAGGAACCGUCCAUCACCCACUCAAACAAGACCAUGUGUGUGCACGGACUGACAUUUCAUCGCAUAUCUGUGUCAUGUAUGUCAAAUAGCGACGGCAACGGCCUACAGGUAUUCACGACUUAUUCACAACUCGCCAUGCACACAACGGACGAAGAAAUCACUAUUAACACCCCACUAUGAAUCAGUGUGUGUCGACCAGUCGUUGGAACUACCGUCGCACACGAAGCCGCAUCUCCACCCAGAGAUGUACCCCUCUACUUCUCGUGGCUGUCCGGGGAGGAUUGGUGUCUGAGAGGACGUCUGGCAUGAUCAGUAUCUUCUGUGUCGGCUGGCUUGGACUCGUCGGGCUUCUCGCUGGGGAAGACCCCUGAUGGUCACACACACCACACACACACAUUUGCAUAUGUCCGUGGCAUUGUCGUGUGCAACGUACGUACGUACACUUUGAUGGUGCCACCAGUCGCUUCACGAUGAAUGGAUCAUCCUUCUUCUUCCCCCUACGCGCACACACACGAGCACGCAGACGCACGCAGACUCUCGGACGCAUACUCACGCUCCCUCCCUCCCUCCCUCCCUCCCUCGUCUGCGUACUCGUUGGCAAACUCUUGUUCGAUGAGCUCAGUGGCCGACGCGCCCUCGUGGCCAAUGAAGGUGACAUCAUCUGGGCUGUUGGCACCCUGCAUGAGGCCUCCUUCAUAGAGCACCCUCUGCAUAUCACCAACGCUGCGGAAACUGCCCGCCUUGAUCCACUUGGUCAUGUCGAAGCAGAGGGCACCGGUGUUGUGGUCGCCAUACCUGAACUGGAAGUAGCGAACGUUGGCCGGGUCGACAUGCACCUGUCUGGUUUCCCUUCCAGUCAUAUCGCUCCUGAGGGGAAACCGCUCUGGCGUCAAGCCCUUGAUGGUGGACACCGACGAGAGAUGAAGCGAAACGGCAGGGUAAACCGACGCGCGUAGAUGCUUCUGGAGUGGUGGACGUCAGGGCUGAGAGGGCUGCCAGCCUGCCAUUGACUACUCUCCGGCGGAUCUGCCCAUGCCCAUCCGAGAGGUCGCACCGUCCCUGGCCUCCG